CCCUUUCAUAUCACGUGUGUCAUUGUGAGUGUGCGUAUUGCCAUCCAUCUUGUUCCACAGCUAGCUCUUGCCGAGUUUGGCUGACCCGAGAACGGGUGCAGAGACCGGUGUCCAUAAUACCCAUCGCUUCCAGAAGGUAAUACACACGAUUCAGCCCAUACAGAAGCUGUAUGUGUGGAUAGAUGAAACUUACGUAUAGCCAUCCCCCAACCCCACAUUACCCUGACCACCCCUACCCGCUGGGUAAUUAUCACCUCACACGAAAUAGCGUUCAGGCAACACACGCAUCCAUACAGAAGGGGACCACGCACCUCUCUGAUGCCGUGACCCUCGAACCCUCCAUACCCGUACUAUCCACUUCCCAAGUGGCGAAAAAGCGGGUUUCACCUGUGCGCCAAAACUGGAUCCCAAAGUACGCCGAUAACGCUGAUCCGUGCCCACAGCUAGCUGCGCAGGGCCAGUGGUUACACAGAAUGGAUCAGGGCAGGGUUGACACCCUCCUGAUCGAUUUCCUCACGCUGUCCAGUAAGUUAGACCGCUACAAGUUUCCCCAGCCGGUAAUGCUGCACGCACCUGCGAUGGAACAUAUGUCACACUCCACGGAACAAAGCAAGUACAUUCCGAUCGUCUCUAUUACUCAGACGCCGCGCUUGCUCUCGACCCAUCAUUAUGGAUCGGUGCAUACAUAUGCCUGCGCGUUUUUGGCGCUUCGUCUCGUUCGCAGUGCGGACCGCCGACCCGCACGGUGGGCUAUAGGCGUAGGUGGUAAGUACCGUGCAUGUCGGGUAUGUUUAUGGAGAUAUGUGCACUCGCGAUCAGUGUGUAUGUGGCUGCAACAGAUGGGUGGUAUGGACUAUAGCACGAUGCGAUAUACAUAUGGGGUAUUGUAAACCAUGCGAUUGGCAAUGGGUCAUUGUCGGUUCUAGCCACCUUGUAGGCAAGUCCGCCGCGAUCAUGGGCUCCGUUGGCGCCAC